AUGGUCAAGUCCCGGCGCCAUACAGCAGCACUGACCGAACUUCUCCAGCAUACGCCCGACGAUAAUUUGCGUUGCGAGGCUCAUCCGCAUGAGACCCUAGAAUGUUUUUGUGAAGCUUGCGGCAUCCUCACUUGUCGGGACUGUCAACUGUCUGUGCAUCGCGAUCAUGGAAGUCACCGUUGGGUCGGUGAAAAAGCCAGCCUAUUAAAAUCCCCGUUGGAAGAAGCGGUAGCCAAACUACAGCAUUGUGAACCGCAGCUAGCCCAAUCGGCUAGCAUCGCUUUGAAUGCAAGUACCAACACCAAAGAUGACAGUUUUCUGGGAAGUGUUGAAAAGACCCGAUUGGCCAUUGAAGCUCGAGCUUCGUCACUCAUACUCCGUAUCCGUUCACGCACCGAUGCCCUGUUAAAGGAAUUGGAUAAGAAGUGCAAUGAAAGUGUACAGCAGCUGAUGUCAGCCGAAACUUUAAUCGAACAACUUCAGCAACAAAUCCAGUUCACUCUUGAGUUUGCCAAUCGUCUGAUCAAAAACAAGGAUGCGCAUCCGGCCAGUCUUGUUCAGUUGUUUGAUGUUGUACAGAAUCGAUUGGAAUGCUUGCGUAGCCGGGCCGAACGCUUGAUCAGUGAUGCACCGCCAUCCGCAGACUCAGUUGAAGCACCAGUUAACUCGCCAGAUUCAUCUGAUCUAAGCGCGUGGCGUAAGUCCACAUUGGGUUGGCGAACAACUGCGAACACGCGGGCUUUGUUUUUCGGCAAUUGGAAUCCGGAAGAUCUGGCACGCCACUCAGGUCAGGUCGUUUGGUUACCCAAACCGACCCGGUAUGGUGAUCAGUCGGUUCCAGUAAAGUUGGAAUCUGGUUCCAGUGAGAUGAACAUGCAAUCAAGUGAUACUAUCAGAUCGAACGGUACCGAAAGGCUAACUGAUCUCAAAUCUGAUCUGCUCCCACACAUGACGUCAUAUGGAGAUUUCUCCGACAAUCUGAUCGAGCUGGACAACCACAAUUGUGAGACUCCCAUUCAGCCGUCGAUGGGAUGUGCAAUUUGUUUCGGUGGUGGACUGCUGGCACAUUGCGGUCAGUGUCGUCGUACUUAUCAUUUGGAUUGUCACCUGCCCCGGUUAACCAGUGUUUCACUUGUGCCGGGUUGGGUAUGCGGUUUGUGCGCGGAUCAGGAUGCUGCUAAUGUGGCCUCGGUGGAUCCAACUGUUCCCGGUGGACUGUCACAAACGGACUAUCUGGUAUGGGUUGUUGAUCAGCUGCCGGGGAGUUGCGCUUUCCAUCCUACCUCUCGUUUGCGCUUAAACAACACUGUAUACACUCAUUUUGAUUAUCGUUAG